UGUUCCUCUUUAAUAUGUUCAUGUUUGGAGCGACAAUCAGACGAGUUUGGAUUCUACGCAAAAGCACAGAGUUUGGGCAGAAUAACCAUGACAGAGCCAAGAAAGACAUUUGUACCCUGCUGGGAGUCAUGACUCUGCUCGGCAUUACCUGGGGCCUGGUCUUCUUCUCUUUUGGCUACCUGACCACUGUUGGCCUCUACCUCUUCUGCAUCCUGAACUCAUUUCAAGGUUUCUUCAUCUUCCUGUGGUUUAUGAUGUCACUGAGAAAAGCUAAAACCUCAGUUACUAAGACAAGCAGUGAAACACGUAGCACCAGCACCUAGCUUACACACAACUACCAACAACCCAAGAAGUGCCU